AAAGUUACGGCGAAUAUAGAAUGAUAAUGGUAGUUUUUUUCUGAUCUUGGAUUUCAUGAUUUUCAUCUGUUGAAAUGUUGCGCCCAGCAUUGCUUCCAUACUCACGGACAUUGGGUCGGUCGAUGUCCGUAUUGGCCAAAGCCCUGCAAUAUGAGCACCAUGGCGAACCAUUAGACGUAUUGCAAUUGGUAGAAAAGAAAGUGGAGAAACCCAAGAAUAAACAAGUUCUAGUCAAGAUACUCGCCUCACCCAUCAAUCCGGUGGACGUCAAUAUUAUACAGGGUAGGUAUCCCAUAAAGCCAAAAUUGCCGACUGUCGCAGGAAGCGAAUUUGUAGGCAAGAUUAUUGACAUUGGCAAUGAGGUCAAAGGUCUGCAGAAUGGUCAGCAUGUUAUUCCAUUAGUCAAUACCGCAGGAGCAUGGAGCACUCACACUAUAUACCAAGAGGAUCAGCUCCUAGCCGUCUCCGAGAAAGUUGGUUUAGCCGAAGCAGCCACUAUAUACAUUAAUCCCUGCACUGCCUAUCGCAUGCUCAAAGACUUUGUCCAUCUCUUGCCCGGAGAUACUGUCUUGCAUAAUGGUGCUAACAGCGCUGUGGGUCAGGCUGUUCAUCAGUUGUGCCUCGCAUGGGGCUUUAAAAGCAUUGGCAUUGUUCGUGAUCGAAAGGAGAUAGACGUGCUCCGAGAUCAAAUGAAAAAGUUGGGAGCUUCGCUUAUCCUCACUGAAUCGGAGAUUCGGACUACCGAUAUUUUUAAAUCUGGUGAAUUUCGUCGCCCCAAACUAGCCUUUAAUUGUGUCGGCGGCAAAAGUGCCACCGAACUGGCACGUCAUCUCGAUCAUCAUGGUGUUAUGGUCACUUAUGGUGGCAUGUCUCGCGAGCCCAUUGAGGUGCCCACUGGGCCAUUAAUCUUUAAGGACUUGGCAUUUAGAGGAUUCGCAGUUUCAGAUUGGCAUACAAAGAACCAUGAUAAACCUGAACGUACCCAAAUGUUUAAGGACUUGUUAAAACUCAUGGAGGAAGGAAAAUUUGUGGGACCAGCAUGUGAAAUGGUGCCUCUAGAGCAGUUUAAGGAAUCUGCCAAAGCAGCUCUCAGUUUUGAAGGAUUUACGGGUAAAAAAUUUAUUCUUGAUAUGAAUAAUUGAAUGUCAUAGCUCAAGUAGGCACAUCUGUCUACACUCGAAAUGUUUGUCUAGUCACUAUUGUCUUUCCAUUCGACUUGCAUGACAUAGCAAAUAUCUGAUUACAUAGAUUAUAAACAAAGAAACUUCUAAAAACAAAGAAUUGCGCAGAUUGCGACCGUUUUACAGCAUUUAACUAUACGAUAUUAAAAGUUAAAAAGUUAUUUUUUUAUUUACUUUUACAAUAAUGAUAUAGCAAACACUUAUGGCAUAUAUAUAUAUGUAAAGUAUAAUUGUAAUAAUAGUAUAAAUCAAUAUAUAUGCCAAAUGAUAUUGAGGCUUAAACGAAAAUAACAAUACAAAAUAGACUAAAUAAACAAAUAAAUGAGGAAUGCUAAACAAA